CACACGUUGACUUUUUGUAUAUGAGCCCACAGACUGUACUACUUCUUCUCACAAGAACAACAGUCGAUUAAUGUACAUGGCAGGAAUGAAGAUCAGUAUUAGGAGCCUAGCGCCUACGGGGUUCCACAUCAAGUAUAAGUUCACAGCAUUAUUUCUUAAAUGGUGUGUAAUAGGUGCUGCCAUAUUUUGUAGCAUGAGUUUGCUCAAUCACGUAGCAAGUGAUGGCAACAAUCUUGGCAUGUCCGUGUCCUUAUGGUCUACCACAAACGAACAAGAAAGGCCAUUUUUUGAGAAACAAGUCGCACAUAAUAUAAAUAUACCCAUGGUAGAAAAUGCAGUCGGGUUAGUUCCUAAAGUGCCUGAUCCUCUGACAAUGGUAGACGUGGCAGAUGAGGCAGAAGACGAGGAAGCGUUAAUUUUACAAGUACAGCCGAAACCACGUGCAUACGAGAAGCAGAAACCACACAUGGUUAAAGAGCAUUUGGAAGUGUCUCAAGAACUAAAAAAAGAACGGGCAAUUAAGCUACAAGUGCUUAUGAAGAAACAUCAGCACGCGUAUGUGGAGUACAUGCGAUCACACGUCUAUCAAAAACGGCCCACUCCACGCACAAAGCUGCAAAAACGCAAUAUAUAUAUGAGUUCCAUUAAUAAGUUUCAUAAGAUGAACUGUCCCAACCAUUUGCCGGGCAUGGUGCGUGUGGCGGGUAUGCCCAAUAGAGGCUAUUGCUUUGGAACAGCCAAGAUAGACGGAAAUCGGGUAUGUGACGUAGUAGAUGUACCCGAUUACAAAGUGUUGAGCGGAGAUGCCGAAGAAGAGGGUAGGGAAUACGAUGUUCAAACACUGUACGGCAAGCAAUUCGCUUAUAUCCCUUUCUACAGCCGGAGCACUUUCACUAGUGUCAAUAGACAAGCGAUGGACCGAGACGGGAUCACGAUAUCCUCGCAAGGGUCAUGGAACCGAAUUAUGAAUUUGAAGCAUCUGACGCAAGUGUGGGAAGGCCCAGUGUCAUUUGCUGUGCUUUUGGAUGAUGAAGAGCAGUUGAGCGAGCUAGAUGCUGUGGUUAAGGAGGACAGUCAACUGAGAGAGUUUGCAGAUAUUCAUGUGGUAUGGCGCUUAGACCAUCGUAUGGAUGAUGCUGAUGCUUUCUACCCCAUCAAUAUGAUGAGAAACAUUGCCUUGCAGACUGUCGAGACUUCGCACGUGUUUGUAUUAGAUGCGGAUGUGACACCCAACGCUCCCAUGAAUACGUACACCAAGUACGUUGCGGAUGCCGAUGUAGCCAUUGGCAAUCAGAAAGACAAGUCCCAGAUUGAGUGUAAAGGUCUGGAUGCGUUUGUACCGCCAGCCGUCGAGAUGUCUGCCACAGCGCUCAAGCAAUUAUACGAUCAGAACGGUGACAAUGGGUCGAUUACUAAGAAGCAGGUGAUCAGCAUGUUCUUCACAGGAGAAGUGCUUCCCAUGCACGUAUACUUUGGGCCUGCAUACGCUCCCACUAACCAUCAGGAGUGGGCUACAUCGAAUACCGUGGAUGAGAUUCCAUAUCUAACCCGCUUUGAACCCUACUAUAUUGCACGCAUGCCCAUUCCCCUGUUCAACGAGACCUUUGUGAAUCGCGGCGGCAACUUUGCGCAGCAAGUGUACGAGAUGAGUGGGGCCGGGUACAGAUUCCAUCGACUGCCAGAGGCCUACGUAGUAGAUAUUCCUCACACCAAAGCCGAAAAGGCCGAGAAAGAAGCUGAAAAGGCCGAGAAAUUGGCAGCGAACGAGGCAGCAAAGGCUAAAUUGGAAGGUGAGCAACAGAACGAUACCGACGGCGAGGAAGAGAAGAACGAUGAGAUGGUUGAGGAUAACAAUACCAAUCAGGUCAUGCACGAUGAAGGAUUCACGGAGAAGCUUUGGACCGACUUCUAUCUGUAUGUCAGCCAUAGAUACAGGCACAACAUGCCAACGCCAAUAGUGAGCGAUUCGCCGUUCAGAAGAUACCGCAGAGCACAGGAGAAGGUAUUGAAUGUGCUGUGGCAGAUUAAUGGGGGUACUGAGACUGACGAGGAAGAGCUUGUGGAAAUGUUGAGGUGAUAAGAUAAUAACGUAAUUAGAAUACAUACUGAUAGUAUGUGUAUCAACCAUGUGAGAGCAACUACUACAGCUCAAAGUCGAGAAUUACCGGCAAAUAAUGCGAGGUAUCCGAUUGUACGAAUGCACCUCAAGUGUGCUUAUGCCUUAACGAGUUCAAAAAUAACUCAGAGUGGCGAACAAAUAUAGUAUGAAUAAAUUUAAUAGUGGGCGAGUGGGAAAUCUCCACUGCCUUCUGAGCAAAUGCACUUGACAUGCUGCAAACGCAUACUCUGGAUAUAUAUGUAGAAUUGUCGCUUUGUACAUAUAUGCAGACCCUACAAACACACAAGUCGCAUAAGCCUAGGGUCCCAAUAGUUCACAAAUUAUAUAUAAGAUACAUAUAUACUUCUGUUCGAGAGUAUAUUGUGGAAAUAUAAAAUCAAGCAGUCUCAAUAUAGUAUAUUCCACUUUUCGAGAUAGAAAGUACGCCGAAUUGUGCAUAGUGACAAACAUAUGUUUUGUGUAAAACAAAAGUUCGCAAAAGUAAAAGCACAUAGUAGUAAAUUGGCAAAUUAUGUCGAUUAUAAACGUUUCAAGUAUGUUGACUGCAUAAGCACAUCCACAUCAAUUUCUUUGACGAUGACUGUAUUGUUAGACAGUAACAUAAAGGCGAGAAAUCUAUACCUCGAUAAAGAUAUCAUAUAAUUUUAUGCAAGAGAAAUAAGUGCAGGUUGGAGAAUACAAUAUCAGCAGCAGAUAAGACUAACAAGCUUGAAAGCGCAAAUCUAACACUGUGCUGUAUUGCAAUUUUAUAUAUUGUGCUAUAGUAUACGAAAGAUUGAAGAUAUAUUAAAAGUUUUUAUUGUACGUGACUUAUGCAACAUAAACUUCAUGUGCACAUAUUUGCACAAAAGAGGACGCCGUGAGUGGAAGUCGU